GCUCUGGCCAGUCACAGGGCAGAGUUUAAUGACAGCAAGGGGGCGGGCCGUUUCCGGCUGCUUUCCCGGCAGCUCCAGCAUAGAGAAGCGUGGGAGACUAGCAGUGGUUGUGGCUCUCGGUCUAAAGUGCCAGUCGGGCGUCACCCUCUGCUCCUUCUGACCGGGUAGCGGGAGAUUUUCUAACAUCACUAGUCUUGGAGCGCUAGGUGGGACCUGGCCGGCCCAGGAGUCGGCCCCAACGAGGCUGGGCUGCGGAUAGGAGCCUUGGGCUCAGAUCUGUCUCGAAGUCAGUGUGGCACUUGAGGAAGGCACUCCCUGCCCCUGAGAUGGCGUCCACGCUUCCGACAACGGGGGCCCAGGGGCCAAUGCUGUUUGAGGAUCUGGCUGUGUAUUUUUCUCAAGAGGAGUAUGUGAGUCUGCACCCUGCCCAGAGGUCCCUCAGCAGAGACACUACCCAGGAGUGUUUCAAGGAUGUGGUCUUGAUGGGAGGGGAAGGCAAGACUGAGACUUCUCAACGGUUGAAUCUAGAGUCUACAGGAUUUGAAGAACUUGCCGCAGAAAACUCCUCCAUCACUGUGCCCCUUGUCUAUUACCCAGAAAAAUCCGAGACUGGAGUUGGAGACCCAGAAAGGAAAGUAUCAGGUGGAGCUCCUGCUUGCAAGAAAAGGCUCAUAAGCCUAUUAGUUACCAUUGAAAACCAAGCCCCAUUACUAGAACUAUCUCAAUGUUUAGGAACCAGAGCACUUUCUGAAAUUCUUGAAUUUCCUGGGGAAGAAGCCAAAAAUUUGUACAAGUGUCCUGAAUGUGAUGAAAGCUUCAGUGAUAACUCAUACCUUGUUUUGCAUCAGAAAACUCAUUCAGGGGACAAAAAGUAUAAAUGUGGUGACUGUGGGAAGAUUUUCAAUCAUAGAGCCAAUCUGAGGACACACAGGAGGAUCCAUACUGGUGAGAAGCCUUAUAAGUGUGCUGAGUGUGGCAGCAGCUUCCGCCAGCACUCACAUCUGUCUCGGCACAGGAAUAUCCACGUAAAGGAGAAACCCCACACAUGUAGCAUAUGUGGGAGAGGUUUUACGUGGCUCCCAGGAUUGUCACAGCAUCAGAAAAUCCACACUGCUAAAACUUAUGAAUGUACCAACUGCGGUAAAUAUUUUGGUCAGAACACAAAUCUGGGUUUGCGUGAGAAAACGCACAUGUCAGCCACCCAGUACCGGUGCCCUCGGUGUGUGAAGUGUUUCGGGCAGCCCUCACACCUUUUUCUCCCCGAGCAGGGUCAUGAGGAUGACUCUGAACACUGCAGCGACUGUGGGGAGAAUCUACUUUUGUUCUCAAAAUUCAAACCCUUAAAAUGUCCUGAGUGUGCGAAGACCUUCCUGCGUGUUUCCGAGCUCAUUUCCCAUCAGAGCAUUCAUAGAGGGGAAAAGCCCCAUAAAUGCAAAACAUGUGCAAAAAGUUUUAUUCUGGAUUCAGAGCUUGCAUGUCACCAGAAGAGCCACACGGGAGAGGAACCUUUUAAAUGUAGCACAUGUGGGAAAGGUUUCAGGUUGUAUAUGCAUCUCACUGUUCAUCAGCAAACCCAUACGAAAACCACCACGUAAAUCUAGCAAGUUUUCAUUAAUGCUGUGCUUCUUAGUAUCUGGAUUGAAAACUGGGGACCAGUUACCCUUUAUGUGCCAGGCAUUUUACAUGCAUCCCAGGUCACUUAGUACCCACCAGAACUUGCUUUAGGCAUUAUGAAUUCUGUUUUAUAGCUGAGGAAGCAGUCAAUGUCAGCUAGUGCGUGAAGCCAGGAUUUUAACUCAGUAACUGAUUCCCUGUACACAUUCUAUUUGUAUGAGUCAGAGAAUGAUAAGGAUUUUUUUUUAAUUCAGUUUUCAUUAAAACGAAAGUGUUCCUAGAUGUUCUUUUACUUUUGUUACACGGUUUCUAAGUAAGAAGAAGGAAACUUUCCCUUUUCUUUCUUUCUUUCUUUUUUUUCUUUUUUUUUUUUUUUUUGCCAGUUCUGCAGACCUCGUAUCUAGGAAAGUAAUUUGUCUAUAUCUGUCUUAUGCUUUUUGGGUCUUAACUAAAUGUAACAUUUGUAAGAAAUGAUAUUUCAUACAUGAUUUUCUGAUGUAGUUUAGAAGCUUUUACACCUGCUGUGAAAGGUUCCCAAAUUAAGUGGACAAGUUGGUGUCAUAAUGGCUAUUAGUAUUCGUGGAGUUCCAUUCUCACAUAUGAUGCCACUGGCCUUUGUGACACAUUUGCAAGGAAUUUUGGCAGUCUGCCCAUAGCCUUUUCUGGUGCCUGGACUUGACCUAGGGAAACAUACUUGCUCCUCUCUGGAAGGAGUUACCUCCAAGUUGCUACCAAAGCACAUUACCUGCCUUUCUACGAAUAAGAGUAAUUAUUGUUCAGUGAACAUGCUAGAUGCUUCACAUGUAUUACCUAAUUUAAUCUUCAGGGUUAAGUGUGACAGAGAAAGGGCUAUCCUUGUUUCAUAAAUGAGGAAACUGAAGCCCACAGAGGUAAAGACAGUAUCUUGCCGAAGACAAAAAAUAGCAAUGUGCUGAAGCUGGCAUUUAACCUUGGGUCUCUGUGAUGCUGAAGGUUGUGCAUUCUUCAAUCCUGUUAUGUGUUUGCAUUUGUGUUAGGUCCGCAAGCAGCCAGGAAGGCUGAGAUGGGUGGGUGAGGAUAGUCAUCUUGGAGGCUACCCUGUGCACACGCAUCCUAGAACCCUUUCAUUGCCUUUGUGCUUUAUCCCAAGCCUGACUUAAUGUGUAUGGUAAUAAAGCAACAGAAAGAUUCCCCAAGACUCCCAGUUCAAUCUCCCAUCCCUAUGAUCCGAUCAGAGAUUGCAAACUUUACAGAAUACAGUCCUUAGGGUUUUAGUUGGACUUUGAUGAAAAAAAAAAUUCCUGAUCGCCAAAGAAAAACAUAUACAGAAAACUAUUAAGAGUUUAACCAAACUACUUGAAAAUAUAUAGGUCUUUAGAUACCUGCUGUUACAUAUAAAUAGAAGAGCAAAAUAUGGUUGAACGGAAUGGUCGCUAAUGUUAAAGAAUCAGGGAAUCGUGCAAAUAUACAUUCGUACACAAUUUCUCUUUACAGCAAAAUUGUGUGCCUAUCAGCAAAACUAGUUUCUAAUGGACUUUUGAACAGGAUGUGAGAAUGGUCUUAAUUCUAUCGAAACAGUAUGGAAGUCCAGCACUGACUAGCACGGGAUCACUGCUGGGAAAGCUCUCGAGCAGAAACAGGGCUCUUUAGGAGAGCAGUACCUGCAAGGUGUGGUCUUUCUGUGGAAUAGCACGUUGGGAACUGAGUAUACAAAGACAUGCUGGCUACUGCUGUAAGCUCUUACCACUGCUGAGAGGCAAGAAAAUAGUCCUGGUGAGUGAGGGAAAUGGAGACUAACCCAGCUCACCCACUCCUAUCCCCCUUUUUGUUAUUCUUGUUUCUUGUUUGCAGAUCCACUGCUGAGACCCUGUGCUCUGAAUGUCAAGGUCAUACUAGACUCUGAUGUCUCGACUCAAUAUGAGACGCCAGUCUGCUAGGGCUUUAGGGUCUUAAAUUAAAAAGUGAGGUCAUCUGUAGGUUGUUCUUCAGCAGAUCUCUGGGAACUUAGAAUUGUGUAGAAAGAUGGUCUCCAGUUAAAUUUCUUAUCAGCCAACUUUGGGAUAUAAUCUUUGCUAAAUGCCAGAAAGCACUGUCCACCAGCUCUCCUGCUUCUGCUUUUGGUGGCUGAACAGAGUUACAGGUUGGGGAAUGAAACUGGGAAUGUGGCCCCUACUCGUGCAGUUGCUGCAGAAAGUAGAGAAGGCUGUCCUAGAAGGUAAGAGGACAGAAUGGGGCUGACAUAAAAGAUGGAAGCUGUCAUGCUUUGCUUUGCUCCUACAACAGUAUGGGGGAAGGUGAGAAUUUAUGCCCUAAAUGCUGUUCUGCACCUCAAUAUGUGAAGUCACCUUCUCAGAUGAGGCUUCCUUCACAAUUCAAUUCAGGUUUUACAUUUUUCUUUAUUCUUCUGAUUUUGUAAGAUUAUGCCAAACCUCCUUAAAGAUAUUAGAAAAAUAGCACUUCUAUAAAAACAUUAACAUACACUUGAGUGUAAUUAAGAUAACUUUUUGGUGGAAUAAUCAUUGCUAAUGACUGGUAUGCCGAAAAAAAUUAAAAAUUAAAAAAAAA